AUGGUGACUUUCUACGAUUUGAAAUCUACGCUUUUAUCGGGCGCCCCCUUUGACUUCUCGCAGCUUAAGAACAAAGUUGUGCUGGUUGUGAACACGGCGAGCAAGUGCGGCUUUACGCCACAGUUGGAGGGCCUCGAGACUUUGUACAAAACGUACAGCCCAAAGGGCCUUGCCAUUCUCGGAUUUCCGUGCAACCAGUUUGCCGGACAAGAGCCUGGUGACAGCGAUACUAUCAACAGCUUCUGUCAAAAGAACUACGGCGUGUCAUUCCCAAUCAUGUCCAAAUCUGACGUGAACGGCCCAGAGACGAACGAGACGUUCAAGUACCUCAAGCACGAGCGUCCUGGAAUGUUUGGUACCGAGAUGAUUAAGUGGAACUUUACCAAGUUCCUCGUGGACAAGAAUGGCAAGGUUGUCGAGCGCUACUCACCCACGACCAAGCCUGAGCACAUUGCAAAGGACAUUGAGAAGCUGCUCCAGCAGUAG